AGAUUCCAUGUCACAUUCCUAAAAAGAAAAGCAACCACAAACUUAAAUGAAACAGAGCAUGUUACAUGCUGUGUGUGUCCUUGCGCUUACUCUUCCAUAGACUGUCGUUCUCGUGAAGAUUCUAAAAUUCCAACACAAACCCAAAAUAAUCACUUUUAAUCACUUCUAUCCAAACGCGCUUUAAACCUAAGCUAAACCUCACUUCACUUCUCUUCUCUUUUCCAAUUCAAUUUAUUUCCAUGGAUCCUCCUCGUCGAGCACCACGAACAGUAAUCGACCCCGUUCCUAAAUUCCGUCAAGUCGGAUUCUUCGCUCCACCCGACCGUUCACAAUCGGGCCCCAUCGCCGCCGAUACAUCCGCUUCUCUUUCCCCCGUUAUGAUUCCUCCGCCACGUCAUCUUUCCGAUAACCUAAUUCUCCAUGCUCGUCCGUCGAAUUCUCCUCGCCGUGGGCCGGAGUCGAUUACUGUUGGUGGAAGUAAUUCUGAUGCUCCUGUUUCGCCGGCGCCGUCAUCUUCUUAUUCGAGUAGGUUUGUUGUUGGUGGUGAUAGAGGGUUUUUUGAUGGGAAGGGGAAGGAUAAUGGGAAAGUUGUGGCUUCUUCGUUUCCGAGAGGUGGAUUUGAUUUGACUGCGUUGAAGGGGAAUGCUGCUGCUUCUGGUUCUUCUAUUGUUGUUCCGGCGAGUCAGUUGACUACUGUUUCUGUUGUGAAUGAUUCUCUUGGGAUUCCUGAAAAGGAAAAAACAAACAAAGGAGGAGGGUCAGCUGGGGAAAUGAAAGACCAAUCUAGUUCAAAACAGCAGAAACCAAAACCCACAAAAGCUGAAAGACGUGCACUUCAAGAAGCUCAACGAGCUGCAAAGGCUGCUGCAAAAGGCGAAGGAAAUAAGGCGUCUGGAACUGCUACAUCAGCGAAUGCAAAACCAGCUAAAGCAGUAAAGCCUGCACAGAAAGCUGAUACUGCAUCAGUUGCAGCCACCGAGAAGAAGGGGGGUGAUUUUCCACCUGAAAAGGAUAGAAAGAAAGAUGCCCCUCAACCACGCCUGCAGUAUGAUGACAAGAGCCGGGUGGAGAAAGCUAAACGUCGUUCUGUGGUGAAACAAACUGAGUCGAGGAACAGAGUUGAGUUGUUCAGGCAUUUACCACAAUAUGAGCAUGGGAGUCAGCUUCCAGAUCUUGAGGCAAAGUUUUUCGAUCUUUAUCCUGUGCAUCCUGCUGUUUAUAAGGUGGGUUUGCAGUACAUAUCUGGAGAUAUAUCUGGUGGCAAUGAUCGUUGUAUUGCAAUGCUUCAAGCAUUUCAGGAGGCAAUCAAAGACUACAAGGUUCCACCUGAGAAGAGUCUCGGGAGAGACUUGACAGCAAAAAUUGGUAGUUAUGUAUCAUUUCUUAAUGAGUGUCGACCUCUGUCAAUCAGCAUGGGAAAUGCAAUUAGAUUUUUCAAGAGUCAGAUAGCCAAGCUACCUUUAACCUUGUCUGAGUCAGAAGCAAAAAUUUCUCUCGACUCAGAUAUUGAACGUUUUAUAAGUGAGAAGAUCAUACUUGCCAACAAGGUGAUAGUCAAGCACGCUGUCACCAAAAUAAGAGAUGGGGAUGUUCUUCUAACUUAUGGCUCAUCAUUGGCAGUUGAAAUGAUUUUUUUACAUGCACACGAAUUAGGAAAACAGUUUCGUGUUGUGAUAGUUGAUUCUCGUCCAAAGCUUAGAGGCCAACAGUUGCUCCGCAGGCUUGUGGAGAAAGGUCUUAACUGUACAUACACUCAUAUAAAUGCUGUUUCCUACGUAAUGCAUGAAGUUAGUCGAGUCUUUCUGGGUGCUGAAUCAAUACUGUCUAACGGAACGGUAUAUUCAAGAGUGGGGACUGCAAGUGUUGCAAUGGUUGCUCAUGCAUCCCGUGUACCAGUGAUAGUAUGUUGUGAGGCCUAUAAAUUUCAUGAAAGGGUACAGCUAGAUUCAAUUUGCUCGAAUGAGCUUGGUGAUCCAGAUGUCAUUUCAAAUGUUAAGGGUAGAGUGGAUGUCAACCACUUGGAUGGUUGGGCCGAUAUUGAAAAUCUGCAACUUCUAAAUCUGAUAUAUGAUGCAAUGCCUUCAGAUUACGUCUCAAUGAUAGUCACAGAUUAUGGCAUGGUCCCCCCCACAAGUGUGCCUGUAAUUGUAAGAGAAUAUGGGAGAGAAUAGGUCUGGAUAUAAAUUAUGCAAAUGCAAAGGCCUGGUAGGAAUGGAUUGUAAGAAUAUGGAAGAGAAGAACAGGUCUUGAUAUAAACUAUGGAAUGCAAAUGCGAAGGCCUGGUGGGAAUAAAUUAUAAGAUUGUUUCGAUACAUGUUUCUGUAUUAUUUCCAUAUUGGAAUUAUGCUCCUCUUUGUUAUGAAAUUUUUGACAUUUCUGACCUAGCGAAGAGAGCAAACAUUUUGCCUCUCCAGGCAGAUUUAACUAAGGAUUUUCAUUCAUAAUAGUUCUUUUUUCUCUUAUAUUGUUUCCCAAGUUUUGGAUAAUUUCUGUCGCACAAUUUUGGUUUGGCAAGUGUAAGUUAUACUUAGCUUCAUCUUAUGUGAACCAUCACCAGAAAGUGCUGGUGAAGUUAUCACUGAAAAAUGGUAUAUUUUGUGGUUGAUGUAAUUGAAUAAAAAGUUGCUUGAAAUUUGAAUACUGCCAUUUUAUUCUUUA